GUCUCUUUCGGAGCCUGAUUCUUCUCUUUUCUUUCCCACGCCAAAGCAGUUCGUUUCACCCAUUUCUACAUUUCUAUAGUAGCGAGGCGAUCGCGUAUCGAAGCUCUUGUAUUCACAGCAUGUCUGUCGGCUUUACCUUCGGUAGUCUUGGCGACAUUCUCCAGCUAUGCCAAAUUGGCAUUGCGGUCGGCAAAGCUCUGAACGAGAGCCGAGGCAGUGCACGAGAUUACCAAAACCUUCGAAACGACCUUGAUCAGUUUGUACACGUUUUGCAGAAUGUCAUUGCCAUAUACCAAGAACGCGAGCACUCCGAUUUACUUUCAGAUAUCAACCCGCUGAUCAAGUCAGUCACAAACGAAUGUAUGACAGAUCUGCAAGAUGCGUUGGAUUAUUUCCAAUCCAAGUAUGCAUUGUCACUUGGGAACCCGCACCGCCAUUUAAACACAAAGUCGAUCGGGAAAAAGAUAGAAUAUAGAUUUCGAGAGAAAGAACGACUAGAGGUGCUACAACAGAAGCUAUCUCGGUACACACAACUGUUUUCUGUUCUUCUAGCCAUACAUACUAAGAAAGCAGCUCACGUCGAUAAUGCAACUAUGCAAACCCGAAUUCAGGAAGUUGUUUCACAAAUGGAUGUAAUAUCACUCGACAUCAACCGACAGGGCACACAGAUCUCAGAACAGCAUACCAGCAUAGAAGUUUUGGCAACCAAAGUGGAUGCUGCGAAUGGCUACCUUAUAAGACAAGGAGACGCAAAAAACACUCUGACGGAGAUGACAAAAAAGAACGAACUGUGUAUAAAAGAGCUUGCGAGCAUGAUAGAGUCCAAAGUCCACCUUCUAGUCCAGGAGCGUGAAGACGAAACCUGUCAUAGGUUCUUCAGUGGGCCUGGGUCGAAUACACAAAGACCUUUGUUCUUCGAAGACGCCCUGGGCGUCGUGUUGACUUUGCCGAUUGAAUGGUUAGAAUCUUGGAAGCACCUACGGUCCCUUAUUAGCAACCGCUUUGAAAACAGGAUGGGUCACCGGAAAGUCCUCCGCGGCGAGUACGCGUUGGAAGACGAGGCCAACGGGGCUGAAGUCACGUUGUUACCUUGGAACAAAGCAAUACGACCUGGGAGGAAGAUCAACAUGGCGAUGAAGUUUCAGAGAGUUGAAGAGGUUAGCAAGGCAGAAGAUCACGUCUACAUCUGUCCAGGAUGUAAAGCGGUCAGAUCAGAUAUUCAGGACGACCAGAUCAACCUCAAGUGCGCGACACCCAGCUGCGGCAUGUGGAUGAGAUCGUCACGAACGAGGCUUGAGGGCAAUCCUCAACAAGUGGCAGAAAAUGACACUUCACUAACUGCUGACGAAGACAGCAUGGAAGAAGAUGAUGAUCCACGUCAUUUCCACCGAGUUCUGUUCAAUAUCUUCGUCCUAUCAUCUCCCCUACCGAAAGAAAACGCUUCCCCGACAAGGAUUGCCGAUUUGGAGGAGUGUGAUCCAUCGGAUGAGAACUCUUGCGAGGGGAAAGAGAGUCAUAUUUCGAAGGCAAAUUCUUCUCAUCUCUCUCGAAGAGUUCACUCAUCACAUGAGACAGAUCGACACGUAAAGAAGAGCACUUCAUCGAGGAGGCAGGUUUCGUCACGCAUACUCAGACGCCCAAAAGCCGAGUACCGCUGUGGAUGGACCUGUGUAAGUUCCCCGAUAUUGAACCAAUUAGCUUCUUGACUAAAAGUAACGGUGUAAAGUGCUGUUGUUACUGGUCUGGGAUAAGCAUGAGCGAAUGUAGUUGCUUGUACUGCCAACAUAUGAUAUGCUUAAACUGUCGUGUUGCGACAGUAUCGGUAAAGGAGGAGCAAAGGAAGGUUUGAUAUACUACUUUAUUUAUUAAUCCAGUGGAUCAAUCGAAAUGGC